CGUCACGUCCGGCCUGCGAGUUACCGCCCACUCGCUGCGACGCUUCUGGUUCCAGGCCGCCCUCCGGAUCGGACCCUGCGAAUGGUUUUGGCUAUAUCUUCAUGCUGGGCUUCAUCACCAGGCCUCCUCACAGAUUCCUGUCCGUUCUGUGUCCUGGACUCCGGAUACCUCAACUCUCAGUACUUUGUGCUCAGCCCAGGCCCAGAGCCAUGGCUAUCUCCUCUUCCUCCUGCGAACUGCCCCUGGUGGCUGUGUGCCAGGUAACAUCGACGCCAGACAAGCAACAGAACUUUAAAACAUGUGCUGAGCUGGUUCGAGAGGCUGCCAGACUGGGUGCCUGCCUGGCUUUCCUGCCUGAGGCAUUUGACUUCAUUGCACGGGACCCUGCAGAGACGCUACACCUGUCUGAACCACUGGGUGGGAAACUUUUGGAAGAAUACACCCAGCUUGCCAGGGAAUGUGGACUCUGGCUGUCCUUGGGUGGUUUCCAUGAGCGUGGCCAAGACUGGGAGCAGACUCAGAAAAUCUACAAUUGUCACGUGCUGCUGAACAGCAACGGGGCAGUAGUGGCCACUUACAGGAAGACACAUCUGUGUGACGUAGAGAUUCCAGGGCAGGGGCCUAUGUGUGAAAGCAACUCUACCAUGCCUGGGCCCAGUCUUGAGUCACCUGUCAGCACACCAGCAGGCAAGAUUGGUCUAGCUGUCUGCUAUGACAUGCGGUUCCCUGAACUCUCUCUGGCAUUGGCUCAAGCUGGAGCAGAGAUACUUACCUAUCCUUCAGCUUUUGGAUCCGUUACAGGCCCAGCCCACUGGGAGGUGUUGCUGCGGGCCCGUGCUAUCGAAACCCAGUGCUAUGUAGUGGCAGCGGCACAGUGUGGACGCCACCAUGAGAAGAGAGCAAGUUAUGGCCACAGCAUGGUGGUAGACCCCUGGGGAACAGUGGUGGCCCGCUGCUCGGAGGGGCCAGGCCUCUGCCUUGCCCGAAUAGACCUCAACUAUCUGCGACAGUUGCGCCAACACCUGCCUGUGUUCCAGCACCGCAGGCCUGACCUCUAUGGCAAUCUGGGUCACCCACUGUCUUAAGACUUGACUUCUGUGAGUUUAGACCUGCCCCUCCCACCCCCACCCUGCCACUGUGAGCUAGUGCUCAUGUGACUUGGAGGCAGGACCCAGGCACAGCUCCCCUCACUUGGAGAACCUUGACUCUCUUGAUGGAACACAGAUGGGCUGCUUGGGAAAGAAACUUUCACCUGAGCUUCACCUGAGGUCAGACUGCAGUUUCAGAAAGGUGGAAUUUUAUAUAGUCAUUGUUUAUUUCAUGGAAACUGAAGUUCUGCUGAGGGCUGAGCAGCACUGGCAUUGAAAAAUAUAAUAAUCAUAAAGUC